GAGCUGGGCAGCGCGGAGAUUGGAUGCAGUUCCAGGAACGGAGCUUCGGAGCCCGUUGACCCACCACCCCCGAGCGCGCCGGCCCUGCUCCGAAGCUUUGGCGCCCCGGUCUGGUUUGCUUCUGGCCACAGGCAGCCUUUUAAGGGCAGAGAAGACCGAAGCUGUGCCGAUAGCCAUCCAGGGGGCCACGCUGCCGACCUCAAGCGCAGGGUCUCACCGUGCAGGCAGGUCGCAGGAUGCUGGAUGCAGGAAGGCUGGUGUUUACUGCAGGGUGGUUGUGAGGGCUGGAAACCACACCGGCAAAGCAUGUGUUGUGAUCAUUCAACUGUAACUUCCUAACCAGUUCCCCCCGCAUCUCAGGCAGUGGUUGGUUUGUUUUGGGGGUUUUGUUAGUUUUUUUUUAUUCUGGCCACUGAUACAUCUGAGAAUCUGGUUAAGUUAUGGACACUAACCCCCCAAGAAAUCCCAUUCCCUGUCUCUGUCUCUCUGUCCCCCACACACUUGCCUACAAUAUCAGAGGACUCUCAGAAACCCGUGGCAUUAUCAUUAGCAUUCUUAAGAACAGUGAGGACGGUGACAGCAGUCACCGUGUGUGCCAGGGACGGCUGUGAACGUCUGACAGGCACAGAUUGUACAGAUCUAAAGAACCCUGGCCAGCAACCUCGUUCAGCUCGAGGAGGCAGUAACCCACAUUUGAAUGGCUGGUUUUACUUCAUUUACGUGCCUUAUGACCUUUCACCCUGUGAGGCUGCUAUUUUGCUCGUUAUAUAGAUGUGGGAACUGAGACUCAGAGACUAUAAGUUGCCCAGGGUAAAACAGCCUGUAAGUGACGGAGCAUGGAUGGCCCUCAACCCAUCUGACUCCAGAGCCCCAGAUCCUUCUGUGAAGGAGCUGGAGAAUCAGUACAGCCCCAGCAGAUGGGUCAUCCGACUGGGAGCCGAGGAGGCCCUGAGGACCUACUCACAGAUAGGGGAUGAGGCUACUAAAAGGGCCCGAGCCACCAGGAGGAACCUGCUGCAUGUCCCCUACGGAGACGGCGAGGGGGAGAACCUGGACAUCUACUUUCCCGAGCAAGUGUCUGAAGCCUCGCCUUUCUGUGUGUUCUUCCAUGGCGGGUACUGGCAGAGCGGAAGUAAAGAUACAUCAGCCUUCAUGGUCAACCCACUGACAGCACAGGGAGUGGCCGUGGUGAUAGUGGCUUAUGACAUAGCCCCCAAAGGUACCCUGGACCAGAUGGUAGACCAAGUGACCCGGAGCAUCGUGUAUAUCCAGAAGCAGUAUCCACGCAAUGAGGGGAUUUACCUGUGCGGACACUCAGCAGGGGCCCACCUGGCCGCCAUGAUGCUCCUGGCCGACUGGACCAAGCAUGCAGUCGCACCCAACCUCCGAGGCUUUUUCCUGGUAAGCGGGAUCUAUGACCUAGAGCCCAUCGUGUUCACCUCUCAGAACGGCCCUCUCCUCAUGACGCUGGAGGAUGCUCGGAGGAAUGGUCCACAGCAGCUCCUGGAGGCGGCCCUGACGCAGCCCGUGGAUCCCGCCUGCCACGUGCUGGUGAUCGUGGGCCAACACGACUCCCCCGAAUUCUCCCGACAGUCCAGGGAAUUUUAUCAGACACUGUGCAGAGGAGGAUGGAACGCUUCGUUUGAAGAACUCCACGAUGUGGAUCACUUUGAAAUCAUCUGGAAGCUAACCCAGGACGACUACGUGCUCACCCAGAUGAUUUUGAGAACAAUCCUCCAGGAGCCCUGACAGCAUUGGACCCCCACCAGCGGGCACCCCGAUGGUGAAGCUCCCCCCCAAGACCCCGCGGGCUUCCCCUUCCUGCCAACCUGGCCUCUCCCCACGCCCAGGAGCGCCUCCAUUUUCUCUGAACACCACUAAAAAUCUCCACGGCCCUUUGCUGGUCUGGAUACAUCAGAUCGAUUCAGAUGUGAAAGCUGAAUGUAGCAUGUAAUUUCAAACACUAAAAUACU